AUGCCCGAAAACACUCCUCUUCUCGGACAGUCGCGAAACGGCAACGGAAAGAAUGAGCUCUCAUGGAGCCAGCGGCUACGACACUUCACAUGGAGCUGGUAUGAGGUUACGAUGUCGACGGGCGCUCUCGCAACGCUGAUCGGCCAACAACCCUACAAAUUCCCCGGUGUCGAUGCCAUUGGAUGGGCAUUCGCUAUCCUGAACAUUGUACUUUUCGUUGUGUUCACUGGAUGUAUCGUUUACCGGUUCUCCACCGGUAGCGGUAGACUGUCACGAAGUCUUCACCACCCUCAUGAGAGCUUCUUCUUUGGCGCCUUCUUCGUGAGCCUCGCACUUAUCUUGUACUGCGUUGACCUUUUCGUUGUCCCGCUGUGUGGAGAAUGGCUGCUCACAACCAUUAUGGUGUUGUACUGGACCUACGCGGGCAUCGUCGCCCUAGUGGCAGUGUUGCAGUAUCACAUCAUCUUUGACCGCAUAAAGCUUCCAGUCACGAACGCCCUACCCGCUUGGAUUCUGCCAAUGUAUCCGUUCCUUAUGCUUGGUGUGCUGGGCAGUGCGCUUCUCAAAAGUCAGCCGUCAGAUGCUGGUCUCCCUAUAUUUAUUGGAAGUAUUGCUUUCCAAGGCCUGGGCUGGACUAUCGCGUUCUUUAUUCUGACAAUCUAUGUCACACGCCUAGUCAAUAGCAAUCUCCCGGUGCCAUCGAAACGCCCGGCCAUGUACGUUGCUGCGGGACCGGCGGCCUACACUGCGAACACGUUUGUCGUGCUCGGUAUGGAAGCACCAAAGCACAUUCCGAAAGGCUUCCUCGACAUCGACUCUAUCCCAGUUGGCGACGUCUUCAAGGUUGUCGGUAUUACCGUCGGUAUCUUUCUCUGGCUGGCGUCAUUCUGGUUCAGCGCACUGAGCACUGUCGGUGUCCUGAUCUCGUUGAAAGAGUCACACUUCACGCUCAACUGGUGGGCAUUUAUCUUCCCGAAUGUUGGCCUAGUCAUUGCACUUCUCAAGAUUGCAGAGGCUCUGAAACUUAGCAGCGUGCAGAUGAUCUGCAGCGGAGCGACACUUGUACUGACUCUGGCCUGGGUGGGUUUGGCAAUUAUGAACGUUCGUGCUCUUGCGCGGAAGGAGGUGCUAUGGCCUGGUCAGGAUGAAGAUAUGGAAGAUAUCGACGGCAGCCCAGAGGACAUGGACGGCGAGAGGAACAGUGACGAGUGA